GAAAAACUUUUUUCUUUUUGGUUGGAAAAUCAUUUUCUUUUUUUUUUUAAUUCUUGUAUCUCAUCUUUCUUUUCUUUUAAUCCCUCCUUCCUAUUCUUUCCUUUUUUCAUUCGUUUAUUUUAUUGGUCGUAUAGAUAUAUUAGACCUUAGAAUCACUGUUUUUUUUGUUUUGUUUUGAAUAUAGUUUACUUCAUAUAUACAUAUAUAUAAACAAUGUCAGGGCAGGCAACUGAUAUUCGUGUUUUUGAACGACAAGAACUCUCAAAGUCCUUACAGGCUUAUAAGGAUGGCAAUACAGAAGAAAAGAAGUUUUUGACUAUUGAUAAUAAAGUAUAUGAUAUUACUGAUUUUAUUGCUGAUCAUCCUGGUGGUGAACAAGUCAUUUCAACUCAUAUUGGCAAAGAUGCUACAGAUGUAUUCCACGCUAUGCAUCCCAAAUCAGCUUAUGAAACAUUGGCCAAUUGUUAUGUGGGUGAUUUAGCUCCUGAAAAGAACAAGACACAAGAUAAGGAAAAACAAAACUCUCAAGCAUUUGCUCAAGAAAUCCGAGAAUUACGUGACAAAUUGACAGAAGAGGGUUACUUUGAUAGUUCUACUUUAUAUUAUACCUAUAAAGUCCUUUCUACUGUUUCUAUUUGUGCUGUUGGUUUGGCUAUGUUGUACUUUGGAGGUCAUUCUACUCCUAUUGUAUUUGCUGCUGCUGUCAUUAUUGGUUUAUUCUGGCAACAAUGUGGUUGGCUGGCUCAUGAUUUUGGUCAUCAUCAAGUCAGUGAUGAUCAUGAUAAGAAUGAUAUGUUGGUGAUCUUUUUGGGUUGUUUCUGUCAAGGAUUUUCUCUUUCAUGGUGGAAAAAUAAACACAAUACCCAUCAUGCUAGUACCAAUGUUAGUGGUCAUGAUCCCGAUAUCGAUACAGCUCCUAUUUUAUUAUGGGAUGAAUUUGCUACUGCCAAUUUUUAUGGAUCUUUGGAAGAUAAUCCUGGAAUGAUUUCUCGUUUUAUUGCUGAACAUGUAUUACCUUAUCAAAGUCGUUAUUACUUUUUUAUUCUUGGAUUUGCUCGAUUCUCCUGGGCUGUACAAUCAUUAAUGUAUUCUUUCAAUCAAGGCACUCUCAACAAAUCAGCCACUCUCAAUUGGAUGGAACGCUCCAUGUUGGUCAGUCAUUGGAUCUUAUUCACUACUUGGACUAUUAUGUUUAUUGAUAGUUUUACCAAUAUGAUCAUGUUCUUUUUGGUCAGUCAAGCUGUGACAGGAUAUGCUUUGGCCUUUGUAUUUGCUAUGAAUCAUAAUGGUAUGCCUGUGAUUUCUCAAGAACAAGCUGAAGAUAUGGAAUUCUAUGAAAUUCAAGUCAUCACUGGUCGUGCUGUGACUUUGAGUGCUCUUGGUGAUUGGUUCUUUGGUGGAUUGAAUUAUCAAAUUGAACAUCAUGUGUUCCCUGAUAUGCCUCGUCAUAAUUUACCAAAAGUUAAGCCUAUGAUCAAGUCAAUUUGCAAGAAAUAUAAUAUUCACUAUCAUGAUACCACUGCAUUGAAAGGUACUUUGGAAGUUCUUCAAACUUUGGAUGUUGUUCAAAAGUUAUGCGGCAAAUUCUCAAAGAAGGUGUUUUAGUCUGUUUUUUAUUUUUAUUACAUUAGAAUUUUUUUAUAUAUAUAUAUUUUAUUCUUACUCAUAUUUUUUCUUAAUAACCAACUUUAUGUAUUUUAAUAUUGGAUCCCCAAUCUUUUAUUGAUACUCCUCUUUUCGGCCUUUUUUUUUUUUU